UCGUCCCCGUCGUCCGUCGUUUGUCGUCGUGAUUGAUUCACCGAUUCGCCGACGGGUUGAACACGUUGAACUAACAUCACAAAAAUAUCACGAGUGUCAAAUUUUCCAAAAAUAUUGCGUUGCCUUUAACACAAUUACGAAAUAAAUUAAUUGAACGUGAAUACAUAAUGUUUAAGCGUAGACUGAAAACUUUAAAUUAUUUAGACUGGGAUAAAGUAAAUGGAAACGAACCUCAACAUUUUCGUAAACUCGUUGUAUGGCUGGAGGACCAAAAGAUUCGUCACUACACAAUACAGGACCGUGAAGAUCUCAGGAACAUAGGAAAUGAAAAAUGGCAGAACGCAUUUGCAAAGUACUUGGAAGAUUUGGAAUGUCCGAUAAAAACGUGUUCUUUGGAUCAACUCGAAUGGCUUCUGGGGUUGGCCAUUCGUUUGGAGUUCGAAGAUGAUUUGAAAAAGUAUCAGAACAUCAAAGGUAAACUGACUGAAACGAAGGCAGCGGCUGUCCCUACAAUAAAAUCAACGAACCCCCUUGAUAACCUUGAUUUUGAGAGCAAUGAAUUUAAAUCCGGUGUCAGAAACGUUGCUCAAUUAUUGAACGUCACGCAGCACGUUAACCAUCUGAUAACGUUGGAUGCGUGCAGCAAACUAGUUUGCCAAAGACUUAAUUCCGUAGCUCUGGCGAAUCCAAGUUUUGUAGUGGUGAAAGGAAAGCCUUAUCCAAUAACGGAGAUAGAUCUGGGCUUCAAUAUGGGUGACCGUGUACUGAACAAUGCGGCUCAAGCUUUGACCUUAUUAUACAUUCAGGAUCUUCGAAAUCUCCAAACAAAAAUAAACGAGGCGAUAGUGAGUGUCCAAAGUAUAACUGCGAAUCCUAAGACUGACACAAAAUUGGGAAAAGUUGGAAUUUAAACGCCGAGCUCGGAGCUUGACACGAGGAUUUUCUGCUUUUUUUUCUCUUCUGGCACAUCACAGGCUACCAAGUGCACUUAGAAUUCAAAAAUAUAAAUAGGUAAAUUUGUAAGAUCCAAACUGCUAGAUGAAAAAUAGACGUGAUUUGUACAAUUGUUUCUAACGAAAUUGGAUCUUAGAAUUUCUCGAUUUGUAACCGAGAUGUAGAUAUCUUUUGUAAAAACAUUGAUUGAAAAGUCUCGCAUACAGAUUGAAUUUCAGUCGUUUUAGCAUGCAAAAGGAAAGAUGAACAAAUUCAAUGUGCAACAUGCUAUUAAUAAAUAUUUAUUAAAUCAACAA